AUGAAUCCCCACCAGCAGAACAAAGUCGAUAUCAGUUCUCUAAGUCCCGAUGAGCAGCGUUUGCUCCGUCUCUAUGGCAAAGUGCCCACGAAGAAGGACUUGCUGCAGAACAAGCUGAAGGAACGCAAAUACUUCGAUUCCGGAGACUAUGCGCUGAGCAAAGCCGGAAAAGCCUCAGAUGUCGGGGUCACCAAUAUUGGAUCUCGUCAUCCCGUCCCAGAAAACAUUCCUCACCUGACGGCCACAUCUCCGGGUGCUAAUAACCCUGCGGCAAAUACCAAUGGAGGUGUACCCGGUUCUCAGGGCCAUCCGAUUCCCGGCAGCAUCAGCGGUCAUCCUGGGUCGAUAGGCUUUCAGAGUCGUAGCCCCGUCAAGGAGGCCAGCUUCUUGCACCGUGGUACCAGUGUCGAUGACUCUGAAAAGGCGGACGAGCUCGAGAGCGGGCAGUCUGAGAAGGACAAUACUGGCAAGGAUCCCAGCCUCAGCCCACCUCCAGCAAGGGAGGGCGUCCCAAUCCGGCGAUGA